CUCUCUCUCCUUCCUCUCCCCUCCCUCUUGCAUUCCUCCCUUUCCUCUCUCUCCCUCUCCUGCCGGACCUCCACAUCAUGCUCCCGCUCCUCCUUCUCCUGCUGCUCCUGCCGCCCCGGGAGUGCGCGGAGCCCCGAGGCCUAGCCCAGCUGCCGGGGCUAGCGCCUCUCCAGUCCCCAGACCUGCUGUACGCGGACGGGCUGCGUGCCUAUGCCGCGGGGGCCUGGGAGCGGGCCGUCGCGCUCCUUCGGGAGGCGCUGAGAAGCAGGGCCGAAGUGGGCCGCGUGAGGCGGGACUGCGGGGCACAGUGCGCAGCGGAGCCGGGGACCGAGCUGCCCCCAGUCCCCUCGGGAGACCCCGGCUCCGACUUCAGUCCCGGGCCCUGGGAGCGGCUGCUGCUCCGCGCCGCGCUGCUCCGAGCCGAAUGCGUGAGCCAGUGUGCGGCCCGGAGGCUGGGACCCAGGGGCGCCUCGGGGCACCGAACGGUGCGUGCGCUCCAGGAUGCCUUCCGCCGCCGGGAGCCCUACAACUACUUGCAGAGGGCCUACUACCAGCUGAAGAAACUGGACCUGGCUGUGGCAGCAGCUCACACCUUCUACGUGGCAAACCCAAAGCACCUCCAGAUUCGGGAGGACCUGGUGAAGUAUCAUCGAAUGUCCAGGGUGCGUCGUCAGAGCUUCCGGGACCUUGAGAACCCUCCUCACUGGGCAGCAUAUGAUGAGGGCCUGGAGCUACUGAAGAGACAGGAGGUAGCAGCAGCGUUGCCUCUCCUGGAAGAGGCCCUGAGGGAGAGCCUGGCCCAAAUGGAGAACUGCCGAGCAGAGUGUGAGGGACCAGAGGAGCAGCUCCCAGAGGAGGAAGAGACGGAGGAGGAAGGACAGGCUCAGCCUGAGAGCCAGAGCGGCCUAUAUGAGGCCAUUGCAGGACAUUGGAUCAGAGUUCUGCAGUGCCGGCAGCGCUGUCCUGGGGUUGUAGCCACUCGGCCUGGCCAGGACUCCCCCAUCUCGGACUUUCUGCCCAGCCAGCUAUGGCAGCUACAGGAAGCCCAUGCUCAGUUAGGGAAUCUAACCCAGGCUAUAGAAAAUGCUUUGAGUAUCCUGCUCUUCUAUCCUGAGGAUGAUUCUGUGAAGGGAGCCCUGAACACUUAUAAGGAGCUGUUGGGAGAACAGAGUCCUGAUCUUAGCGCCCGAGAGGACAUCCGACAUUUUGUACUUCAAUCCCUGGGGGAGAAGAAGCUGCUAUACUAUGCCGCGGUGCACCUGGGGACCAGUUUCAAAGAUCCUGAUCCCUGGACCCCAGAGGAUCUUAUCCCUGAGGGAUUGAGAAAGAAACUUAGAGAGGAUCAGAAGAGGCCUUGGGACUCCCAACCUCUGGAGCCAGAGUCCCUAGCAAAGUGGAGGGAUGUCCAUUUUUUGGAGGGUGUGACCCUAACCCAAGAUGCAGGGCAGCUGAAUGGUUCUGAGAGGGCGGUGCUGGAUGGGCUGCUCACCCCUGCUGAGUGUGAAAUCCUGCUACAGUUGGCUAAGGAUGCAGCUAAGACAGGAGAUGGAUACCGGAGCCGACGCUCUCCCCAUACUCCUCAUGAGCUUUUUGAGGGGCUUACGGUACUCAGGGCUGCCCAGCUGGCCCAGGCUGGAGCUGUGGGCAGACAGGGAGCUAAACUAUUGCUGGAGGCCAGUGAGCGGGCACGGAACUUGACCCAGGCAUACUUCUCCCCUGGAUGGCCCCUGCACCUCUCCUUCACUCACCUAGUGUGCCGAAGUGCCAUUGAUGGGGAACAAGAGCAGCGGAUGGACUUGAGCCACCCCGUCCAUGCUGACAACUGUCUUCUGGACCCUUACAGUGGGGAGUGCUGGAAGGAACCACCAGCAUAUACUUACCGAGACUACAGUGGGCUCCUCUAUCUGAAUGAUGACUUCCAGGGUGGAGACCUGUUCUUUACUGAGCCAGAUGCCCUCACUGUGACGGCUCAAGUACGCCCUCAAUGCGGGCGCCUUGUGGCCUUCAGCUCUGGGGGAGAGAAUCCCCAUGGAGUAUGGGCCGUGACAAAGGGACGACGAUGCACCUUAGCACUUUGGCACACUCGGGCCCCAGAGCACAUGGAACAGGACCGGGCAGAGGCUGAGAUGCUGCUACGGGAACAGGAAGAAUCUGAGGAGGGGGAAAUACCCAGUGGGGAUUCCUCCCCAGAGCCUCCCAGUGCUCUGGGAAGGAGGCCGCAGCAAGCCCGAUUGGAGGUUGAAAGGCAACGUCCUGCUAGGGAAGAGCUUUGAAGGGUGAAGGAGAGAUUACUUAGAGACAUCCCAACCGAAGGGGCAGGGGGAAAAGCAGUGGCCUGUGAUCAAGUGCCUUCUAAGUCCUAAUCUACUGAAAAGAGACAGCUCCCCUCUCACUUCAAGGGCUGGAGGGGUUAGAACGUCUGAUCUGAAGGUGCAAAUGCAAGUAGGAAGAGGGGGAGGAGAGGUAAUAUCAUGGAUGGAAUACCUCAGAGCCUGGAAGAGUGUGGCUUCCUGCCUGUGCUGACCUCCCCAACCCCAUCCCAAUCCUCUCUGGAGAACAGGAAGAACAAUGGAGCAUUUCACUUCUACCCAGUGAUGGGAAGGGAAUAAGGGCUGAGCCUGUGACCUCACUGGUGGAGAGAGAUCUCAAUGAGCAAAUUCCCUUUCCUAAGUGAUGGCAGAGCUGAAAGUGCUUGGGGAGGGGGAGGGAG